AUGAUAAGGGCAUAUGCCAAUGAAGGCCGAUUUUGCAGAUCAUUAGAACUGUACAGAAUGAUGAUGGAAAAUGGUCGAAGACCAGACAAAUUUGCUUUUCCUUUUGCACUAAAAUCUUAUGCAGGAUUAUCUGAUAUGCAGAUGGGUAAACUCAUUCACCAGCAUUUAGUGUGUUGUGGGUGUAGUAAUGACCUUUUCGUUGAGGCUGCUUUGGUUGAUAUGUAUGCAAAAUGUGGUGACAUAGAAGCUGCCCGGCUUGUGUUCGAUAAAAUGGCAGUCAGAGAUUUGGUUUCUUGGACAUCAAUGCUUUCAGGGUAUGCUCACAAUGGUUAUAGUACAGAGACGUUGGAGUUCUUUGAUCUCAUGCAUGGUUCGGGAGUAAAACCCAAUAGGGUAAGUAUUCUGGGUGUUCUUUUAGCAUGUCGUAAUCUAGGAGCUCUGAGGAAAGGACAAUGGUUGCAUAAUUAUGUAAUUAAAACUGGUUUUGAGUCCGAUAUCUUGGUUGCAACUUCUAAUAUGGAUAUUUAUGGAAACUGUGGGAAUUUGGGUUUGGCGCGUACUUCAUUUGAUGAAACACAAGGAAAAGAUGUUGUUUGCUGGAGUGAGAUGAUUGCAAGCUAUGGAAUUCAUGGUCAUGGCAGGCAGGCAAUUGAUCUUUUCAAUCAAAUGGUGAAAGAUGGGGUAAGGCCAAAACAUAUAACAUUCAAUUGUAUUCUCUCAGCUUGCAGCCAUUCGAGGUUAUUAGAAGAAGGCAAGAGGUAUUUUCACUUGAUGAGAGAGGAAUUUGGAGUUACACCAAAACUAAGUAACUAUACAUGCAUGGUGGAUCUUCUUGGCCGCGCAGGACAACUUUCAGAAGAACAAGAACUCAUAGAAACUAUGCCAGUAGAACCUGAUGCUAGUAUAUGGGGAUCUUUGCUUGGUGCUUGCCGAAUUUAUGGGAAUCUAGAUUUAGCAGAGAGGAUUGCAGAUCGCAUUUUUCAGCUGGACCCCUUUCAUGCUGGCUAUCAUGUUCUACUUUCUAACAUCUAUGCUACUAAAUCAGGAAGAUGA